CAUCUGUUUGGGGCGUUACUGGAUCUUAUCCUGCGCACUCUCUACCUCUCCCCAAAUCAAAACACGACUUUAUAAUUUUCCAUUUUUCGGUUCAUUUCCAUUUAAGUUCGUAUUUCGUUUUUCACCUCGAUAUAUAAUAAUAUUACUGCUUAUGGAGUCUGCUGAUCCAGUUUUCUUGGAAGAAAAUGGAGUUGGUGGGUAAGGCAGUGAAGAAAGAAUUUCUAGGGUUUGGGAUCUUUACUGGUGUAGUAAGAUCUUUUGACCCGAAUUCUAGGUUAUUUCAUAUUGUCUAUGAAGACGGAGAUUCUGAGGAAAUGGAAUUCGCAGAAGUUUCUCCGAUUAUUGUAGAAGAAGAAUUGAAGGAGUCUUUUGGCAGUGAAUUGAUUCAGACGAGAAAACGGGUACGGGAAGAGGAAGAACACGAUUUAAUUGAAGAACAAACCCAAGUUAAUGACGGGCGUAAUCAUGAGGAAUUUUCGGAAUCCCUAAAUAAGAAGGUAUGUUUAGUAGGUGAGAAUUCCAUGGUUAAUGUUUCUGUUGAUGGUAAUGCAACUGAUAGUGUAGUUUGUAUUCAUGAUUUGAAUGAAAAUUUGAAGCUGAGAGAAAAUGGUUGUGUUGAUUUGGGUUUGAAUGAAAAUGAUGUGAGAGAUAGUGCUGAUGAGUUUGCAAAGAGAGACAAUGAUUUGAAUUAUGAUUUAGGUUUCUUGGAAGAAAUCCAGACAAAGGAAUUUAAGGUUGAUGAGGAUUUUAUGAAUAUUAGGUCAAUUGGAUUUUCUGAAGUAAUCCAAGAGAAGGGUAGUAUUGAUUUUGGUGAGUAUGUGAAGGGAGAUGCCGAAGUUGACAGUGAGGAGGAUAUUGAUUUAGGUGGUAUAUCAAAAAGAGGUGAUUCAGUUGAUUAUGAAAUUAGCAGAGCAACUAUUAAUAGUAUUGUUAAAUUUUACCCCAAGACUGUUGAGGAGCGGGGAGGUUUGGAUAGUGGUUAUAAGGAAGAACCUAGAAGUAAGAAAAGGAAAAAAUCCUCUGGAAAUACGAAGGCUACAACAGAGAUGGUGCUCAGAAGGAGUUCUCGUAGAACUAAUUCCACUUAUUCGCUUCAAAAUGUCUUGAUGGUGGAAGAAUCCUCGGCAGUAGACAUAUCUCCUGACACUGAUAAGAUAUCCGAAGGCUUACACACAGAAGGAUUCGCAGAGCAGAACCUUAUACCUUCAAAAAUGGAAUUGCCACUUUCGUCUAAAAAUUUGAACCUAGACGAAAUUCAUAUCCUCGAUUUUUUCUCGGUUCAUUCCUGCUUAAGGUCAUUUAGUGCUAUAUUAUUCUUGAGUCCCUUCAGUUUGGAAGCUUUUGCUGCAGCGGCGAAUAGCAAGGUCCCAAAUUCCCUUAUUGAUUCCAUUCACGUGUCUAUUUUGCGAACUCUGAAGUUGCAGAUGGAGUUCCUUUCUAGCGAAGGAUCUCAAUCUGCUUCCAAUUGCUUGAGGAGUCUUAAUUGGGAAUUGUUGGACUUAGUUACUUGGCCUGUUUACAUGGUUGAGUACCUAUUGAUUCAUGGCUCAGAAUUAAAACCUGGUUACGAGCUUAGUCGUUUGAAGCUCUUGAACAGCGAUUACUAUAAACAGUCUCCAAGCAUAAAGCUGGAGAUACUUCGUUGUUUAUGUGAUGAUCUACUUGAGGCAGAGGUCAUAAGGUUGGAACUCAACAGAAGAAAUGUAGCGUCUGAGAACGAUGCUGAUAUUGACCGCAUUUCAAACAGUGAGAAUCACAAGAAGAGGAAACAUCCAGUGAAUGGAUUGGGUAGUUCUGGCUUGACGGAGGUGAUUGUUGAUGAAACCAAUGACUGGAACAGUGAUGAAUGCUGUUUGUGUAAGAUGGAUGGGAGCUUAAUAUGUUGUGAUGGUUGUCCGGCUGCUUAUCAUUCAAGGUGCGUAGGGGUUGUCAAGGAUCUUUUGCCAGAAGGUGAUUGGUACUGCCCGGAAUGUGUGAUGGACAAACAUUAUUCAUCGAUGAAGUCAUCAAAGUCUCUUCGUGGAGCAGAGCUGCUGGGUGUAGAUCCAUAUGGGCGGCUAUUUUUUUCCAGCUGCGGUUACCUAUUGGUGUCAGAUUCAUGCGAGACAGAAUCGUUUUACUAUUAUUACCACAGGGAUGAUUUAGAUGCUGUUAUUGAAGUUUUGAGGUCAUCAUCUACUCUUUACAGUGGCAUAAUAAAUGCAAUCUCGAUAAAUUGGAAUACUCCUUUUGAUUCAAAAGCAAAAGAUCGUUUGAAUUUUCAGACUCCCACUGUUCACAGAAACCUGAUUGUGGAUAGUAAACCGAAACCAAGUGAAAUUUCUGCCACGAACAAAGUUUUGGAUGGUCAGAGCUGCAAGGUUUCUUUGCAGUCUAUUGGAAGCCCAGUUUCUUCAGUAGCAGUCCAGGUUAAGGAUAUGACAAGACCUAUUACGAACUCUGAAGGCUCCACUGAAAUAUCACAAGGUGUUGAAGGCAUUCAAAUGCCUGUGAAGAAUGAGACAGAUUGUUCCAACUACUCUUUUGAAGAUCUUAACUACACUGGAUCCUUGGAAAAUGCUACUCCCAAUAUUGGGAAUCAUUCUUUGGAGCCUGCUGCUUCUGCUGUUGAACAAAAACAGAAUACUGUAGCUGCAGUUCCUGCAUCAGCAAACAUGGUGUUUGAAGAUGAUUUCUAUGUUAACUAUUAUAGUUUGGCACAUAUAUCUGCCUCCAUUGCUGGACAGUUAUUAUCUAAAUCUUCAGAAAGCAUACCUCAGGACCUAAAGAAAUCCGAUGAAGAGAUUAUUGCAAAACAGAUGAAUCUCAUUUCUAAAAAUAUGACUAGGUUUAGUUGGUCAAGCAUUUAUGGACUGCCCAUGGAUGCUGAGAAAGAAAGCUGCGGGUGGUGUUUUUCUUGCAGAUCUACCGAUAGCGAGGAUUGCUUGUUUAGCAUCACCACUAAACAUUCUGUUGCAAAAGGCUUUAGGACCGAGUUUUCUUCAAUAAAAAAUAACGAAAGCCAUCUAACUACUGUCAUACAUCAUAUCCUUUCCAUUGAAGAACGUUUAUCUGGUCUACUUUCGGGUCCGUGGCGUAAUCCACAUUACAGCAAGCAUUGGCGUAGAACUGUUACCCAGGCAUCCAGUGUUGCAUCAUUGAGAAAUCUGUUAGUUAGUGUAGAGUCCAAUUUGCGUCAUAUCGCGCUUUCAGCAGAUUGGUUCAAAGUGGUUGAUUCUGUUGUUACAAUGGGGUCUGCUUCUUAUGCCAUGACCAAAGGUCAGGUGUCUUCUUCAAAGAAUGGGGGUGGUAAAAAGCGGGGCAAAUUGUCACUUACUGGUACCAAUUCAACUGUAAAUGGUGGGGGCCGAUCAGGCGUAUUCUGGUGGAGGGGUGGGCGAGUUUCACGUCAAGUGUUUCACUGCAAGAUCUUGCCUCAGUUCUUGGCAGUGAAGAGUGGCCGGCAAGCUGGCUGUGGUAAAAUUCCGACUAUUUUGUACCUUGACAAUUCGGAAUCUGCUAGGAGAAUCAGAUAUACUGCUUGGAGAGCUGCUGUAGAGAUGUCAACGAUCGUGACACAGCUUGCCUGCCAGGUUAGGGAAUUUGACUCGAACAUUAGGUGGGAUGAGAUUGAAAAUGCUCAACUUUUAUCUCUUAUAGACAAGAAUUAUAAAAAAUCAUGGAGGCUGUUCAAGAAGGUUACUAUCCGAAGGAAGUGCGUCGAAGGAGCAAAUGUGAAAUAUCUGCUUGAUUUUGGCAAAAGAAGAACUAUUCCUGAUUCUGUUAUCCAACAUGGAGUCAUGCUAGAAUUAUCUGCUAGCGAAAGGAAGAAGUAUUGGUUGGAUGAGUUACAUGUUCCUUUAAGUAUUCUGAAGGCGUUUGAAGAGAAAAAACUUGCUCGCAUACACAAUAAGACUGACUCUGCAGUGCUUCGCGGAGAAGCUGGUAAAUUAAUAAAAAGGACCUCCAGAAAACAGGGUCUUUCUUAUCUCCUGUCGAAAUCGGAAAAUCACCAAUGUGGACAGUGCAAAAAAGAUUUGUUGGUCAGGGAAGCUGUGAGCUGUAAUGAUUGCAAAGGUUUUUUCCAUAAAAAGCAUUUCAGGAAGCCUAAGGGCAAAAAUUCUGCAGAUUGUACAUAUACAUGCAACAAGUGCCAGAGCACAAAACAUGUGAAAAAACUUGUGAAGAAAUUCGUAAAAAUUAAAAAGAAAAUGAAAAAGGGGAAACCAGUGGCACAGGAGAAAAUAACCUCCAUAUCUGAGCGACCAAGACGUUCUAUUCAGAGAGUUAACUAUGUCGAAUUGCAAAAGAAAGAGCUGGAUGGAACCAAAAAGCACACACCAGGUCACCAGAAACAAGGGAUCACCAAGAAAAACACACGAGGCCGACCUAGGAAAUGGGUCCCAGUGGAACAAAAAAUGCAGCCUAAGAAAGUGAUCGUGAAGAAGAAAAAACGUGGUCGACCUAAGAAAUUGAUCACCAAGAAACAUGAAGAAGGUAGAUCCAAGAAAGUGGUCUGUUGGCCAAAAGGGAACAGAACACAGAUUUAUCAUGCAUUCUGGCUUAAUGGUCUUCGGUUUUCAAGCAAACCAAAUGAUGCUCGUGUCAUGGAUUUUGGGGAAGGAAGACUACUUCUGCCAUCUGAAAAUCCAAAUGCCCUCUCUACACAACCCAUUUGUGGUCUUUGCUUGGAAGCAGAAUAUACAUCCAGAUUAAUUUAUAUCAAAUGUGAAAAAUGCCAAGAAUGGUUCCAUGGAGAUGCUUUUGGGUGCAAAGUGGAAAGCACCACUAAAAUUAUCGGAUUCCGGUGUCAUAAAUGCCGUGAGAGUAGCCCUCCUGUUUGUCCGCAUAUGAUGGACAUAGCAAUUUCCUGCAAUAUCAAUGAAGGGGAAUGUCGUUCCGGAGCUGAAUGUGGUGACAAGGAAUUGCCUGAUAUUGAUGAAUUUUCUAAUGGAAAAGAUGAAAGACAUGAAUUUGCUUCCAGUGAUGGUUGUCAGGGUUUGGUUCACACUUAUGUCCGUAAGCCACGAUCAGAUACACUUCUUCAUUCUAAUAACAAGGUUAAAAAAGCACUCGAAGUUCCGGAUUCUAAUAAGUCGAUUGAUGAAGAAAAGAAUGUCAUUUCUCCUGACCAGACUCUUAUGGUAAGUGGCGUUGAAUCAAAAGAGUGUACCGAGUCUGUCGAAAAGCAGGAAUUACAUACUGUAGUUCCAGAUUCAGGUCAUGAAGAUCAAAAGGUAGAUACGGUUCUUGACUGUGAUGAUACUCCUUCGUCCCAUGCAUGUAUGGUUGAAUCAGAAAAUGAGCAGUUUAUAUCUGUUGGAUCACCUCCUGGAACAGUUAAUUUAUCUUGCACAACUUCUGAGGAUGUCAUUGAGAAGGAAGCGCCAGUGGUGGGACAUAAUGAGGUUGAGGAUGGUAUUGCUAUUACACCUGCUAAUACAGAGAUGCCUUUGGCAGUAGGCUUUGGUGCCCCUGCUGAGUUAAUGCAACCCGCAUCCCCUUCAACAUUAACGCAAUCCAUAAAUACAAGAGGAAAUCAAGUGUAGACUCAUUAUUAACUGUUACAGUAGUUGUGGAGCUCCAGAUUAUACAGUAGGCUUAAAAUCCAGUGGGAACAAGUAUUAAACAGAAAUACUGUUCAUUGAGAAUUGCUGAUAGAAAAAUUUCAUAUGGGAUGGAGAUUUCCCAUCGAGGAUUUCUUUCGUUUUUGGGGGUGGGGGUGGAUGUACCAGUAGAGGUCUAUUUGAUUUUUCUAGCAUGGAUGCCUUUGAAUGCCGUGUUAGGGAAAGCUUGACCACAAGUGGAUUGGAAUUUCAUUGGUUUUAUAAUGACAUUAUUUUUUUCCAUCAUGCUGCAGUCAAUUUGUUGUGUAAGUUUCGAGUUCACCCUUCCUGCAACUAAUACUUUCCAUGUAGAAAAAGUAGCACUCCAUAUCUUCUCGUUAACUCGUUUGCCAAUACAUGUAAACAAUUUACAUGAUGCCUGUAGCUGAAACUUGAAGCUAUAAUAUUUUAUAGUGAUUUGUAAGUUUUUAAGAAUUUAAGGAGUCGUCUAUGGGGAAUCAAGAACUCUCACAAUCCACAAGUUAACACAUUGUCCUGGCUGCGUGGGUUGGAUUCGUCAAGAGGGGUGGGCUUUUCCACUUUUACAUGGUUUUUUAUGUUAGUGCAGGGAUAUCUUCUGAAAUUUGAGUGUUAAGCUGCUGCAGUUUCUGUAUCAAGGACAGAUUUUGAUGGAGCGAGACUUUUACAAUCACUUGUUCCGCAUAAUGAGACAGAAUGGCAUAUUUCUCUUAAGAUUGUGGCCGUCAUAAGGUGCUAGUCCUUUUUCUCUCAACUGUCUCGUGAAGGUUGUUCAAAGCUUGGUACCUUGGAGAAUCAGGUUCUGCUCUUCAUUCUGCACAGGUGAGGAUAAUGUUUGUUGUUGUGGUGGAUAUAUGGGAUUAAGAUUUUAUCUCCAAGAAAAUGUUGAGCAAAAUCGGGGUUCAAGAUGGUUCUUUUUGGGUGUGUAGUCAAGAUGUCUCUGUCCUGAAAGAGCUUCGAUUCAACACAGAAAGGGAGUUCUGCUGUCAGAGUGGGAGAAGAUCAAGGAAAACAAUGCAAUUUUUUUUUAUAAAGACAAAUAUACCUAGUGAAACUGAAGCGUCUCUAUAACUAUAGAGGUUUCGUUUCUAUAACUAUAGUUAUAUACAUAUAUUCCAGGCCUCAGAAUGGAUCUAGAAUACUCUUUCCACAAGCUGACGUUCUCCUUUCCACUUCCCGGCGACCAUUUUAUUUUCUGUUCUUUCUUGAAAAUGCCAUUCACAAUAGGCAAUUCGUGUUUCCCAUCCAUUUCUCCUAGUUUUCCGCUUCCUGGUCCCCUCGGUUAGGUUAAAUAGACUGAUUGUCGUGGACAAGAGAAUAGACACUGUACUUGGACAGAAAGGAAUAAUCGGGGAGACAUGUCUCGAAUUCAGUCUGGACUUGGAGUCGUGAAGAAACGCGUAGUGCAAAGCACGUCGUUUCCAAGUCCUGAGAAACGAAAAAACAACGAAAGACAUUGGACUCCGUCGCUUACUUCAGGUCGGUGAUUUUCCCAUGCGAAUACCAUUCCUGACGUGUGCGAAUUGAAAAGCAAAAGUUGGGUUAGCUGUGUAAACUGGUAACCGGCUGUAUAAAGCAUCAAAAUUUGAAGUCAAAUGAUAAAUGACCUAUUAGUGCCCGUCCAACGAAGUGGCUCGGAAGCUAUUAGGUUCGGUAUUUUAACGAACCAAAUAAGGUUCGGAUUUAUAAAAUACUGUUCCGUAUAUAAAUAGUCAUUUUUAGACCCUGAAAAUUCUCAGAGCAUUUUUAUAGCGUUUUUGUUCUUCCCGGUGAAUUAAUUUGAUCGCGAAAAGAGAUAUUUUGUUGCGCUGUUCUUCGUUGAAGCGCUGGAAAACAAGGCAGAUAAACAGGAAAUGGUGGCAGUGGUGGCAGAACAAAAAUCUUCACUGAACCCAGACGCACCCCUCUUUAUUCCAGAGGCAUUUCGUCAUGUGGAGGAUUUUUCUCCAGAAUGGUGGGAUCUGGUGAAGACCUCAACAUGGUUCCGUGACUACUGGCUGAACAGCCAGGAGGAAGAAGAAGGUUAUUUUUUUGAUGAAAAUGAUAAAAGCGAAAUUGCUCAUUUGCUUCCCGAGUCAUUUGAUCUUGGCAUUGAUGAAGAAGAUGAGUUCCCCAACUUGGAAGCCGAGUUAGAUGACAUGGUCAGGUCUUCUGAAGCUGAAGAUUACAAGAACCAAUUAGCUCUUGAAAACAGCAAACAAUUGAAAAAUGAGUUGGAGAUUGAUGAAGCACAGGCACUAAUGAAAAAUCUGGGUUUGCAAAAAUCAUCCCCUAGAGCUAGUUCUAAAUCCCCAGUUUACCGUGAGAAGGCGACACAGUAUGAAAGUCCUAAAUGCAGCAGCAGCAGUCCACGUUUCAUCCAUCAGCCACGUUAAAUAGCAUCAUCUUGUUGUUAUCAUUUCCUUUUGGAUUGCAGGUCAGCUUACUAAAUGAUAACGGAGUAAAUUAGUUUUUUCAGUUUUCCCUUUUUGUAUAGAACUACAAGUUGCAGCUCUUUGUAAUUUUCCCUCAAUCAUGUUAAAAUCCGUUCUUACUUUACUGCUGGUAGAAAGAUUCCUAGCAAAAACAAUGUAAACAAAAGUUUAAAAGUUAAAUGAAAAAAAAGAAAGCUUGUUUCAGAAGAAAGCAAA